CAGUAGGGAUCCCCAGCCUCACCUACCACCACUUUGGAGGCGCAAAGGUCAAGGACUUGCCUUCAUGGUGAUUGAUUAGGCAUCAAGAAACAUUUUCUAUAUAUUAGUGGAUCAAGUUACAACCCCAUGGGGAUGAGGCAUAGAUAGGGAGGAAGGAGAGGGUGCCAAAUUAAUAGAUCUCCAUUCUAUUCCCUUUGGGAUCGCCUAAGGAAACCAGGAAGACCAUUAAUGGAUCCCCCGCCAGGACAUGCAAUACAUCUCCUGAAGAAUGAUGCCCUUUAUAAGUAUAUAUUGGAGGCAAGUGUUUAUCCACGAGAGCAUCAACAACUUAAGGCAUUGAGAGAGGUGACUAAGAAAAAAGAGUGGAAUUUCUGGAUGGUGCCUCCAGAGGAAUGCCUACAUCUUUCUAUGCUUCUAAAGCUCAUGAAUGCAAAGAAGACAAUUGAGCUUGGUGUGUUCACAGGUUAUUCACUCCUUGCGACAGCACUAGCAUUACCGGAGGAUGGCAAGGUCACAGCAAUUGACAUUAACAGAUCAUACUUUGAGAUAGGACUACCAUUUAUUCAAAGAGCGGGAGUGGAAAACAAGAUUAAUUUUAUUGAAUCAGAAGCUCUCCCUGUUCUUGAUAAAAUGCUUCAGGAGGUAAAAGAAGAUGAGUUGUUUGAUUUUGCAUUUGUUGAUGCUGACAAGUUCAACUAUGGAGAAUAUCAUGAACGCUUACUUAAACUUGUGAAGAUUGGAGGAGUUAUUGUCUAUGAUGAUACUCUUUGGUCUGGUCGUAUGGUUGCUCCAGUGGGUACUCCUAUUUCUAAGUAUGAUGCUGAAGUCAGAGACUACUUUCUAAAGUUUAAUCAUUUUUUGGCUACUGACUCCCGGAUUGAGAUGUCACAUGUUUGUGUUGGAGGUGGAAUCAUCAUCUGUAGGCGUCUGAUCUGACUUUUGGGGUUUCAUUACACUCUUCAUGUAUAUUUUAAUUAUAAAAAAAUAAAGUUUGGGGGUAUUCUUGCUAUGAAAUUUUCAUCUUUGAUUGGAUCACAACAUAUGUAAGCAUCUUAUCGAACUAUGUGGUUUGAUUGUACACUUCUUAUGUGUUUUGAUUAUUAAAAAAUAAAGUUUGGCGAUAUUCUUAGUAUGGA